UCUAGGGUGAGUGAAGUGGCUAUGUCCAUUGUGGUGGUCCUUGUGCUGUUGCAGCUGUUGCCUGCCAAUGGACAACCACGUAAAUGCAACUUCAAACAAAGGUCACCGUGCCUUCCAAAGCCCAACAAUGGGUUGGGUCAUAUUAUUCUUGUACAUGGUGCAGGUCAAGGAGAAUGGUUCUGGUACAAGGUUACACCAAUAUUGGAGGCUGCAGGCUAUAAAGUGACAACCGUCCAACUUGGACCUUCAGUGACCAUGGAUGUUGAUUCAUUAGAAUAUGUUUCGUUUUCGAGUUACUCACAGCCAUUGUUUGAUCUAUUGGAAUGCAUAGACCACAAGAUUUUCUUGUGGCUCACAGUGCUGGAGGAUUUAAUAUUACUGUUGCAAUGGAGAAGUACCCAAACAAUAUACUUGCUGGUGUCUUUAUUGCUGCUUACAUGCCUGAUACUACCCACAGCAUGUCUUAUGUCCUCGAUCAGGGAGCGAACUAUACUAAAGGAUGGCACGACACUUGUAUCGUGAAAAGUGGGGGCACCACAUGGUAUUUCUUUGGUGAUGAUUUCUUGACAUCAAAACUCUAUCACAAGUGCCCUCCCGAGGUUAUUGCGCUAAUGCGUACAUAGAAAAGGCCAGGAUCGUUCUUUUACACUGAAAUGGCUGAAAUGCAUCUAACAAAUGAGAAUUAUGGUUCAGUUGAUCGAUUCUACAUAGCAAUCGAGGACGAUUUAGCAGUUGCUACCAAAUAUCAACACGUAAUGAUCGCCAAUUUUCCUGUGAAGGAUCAGAAGCUAAUAAAUGGUUCUGGUCAUGAAGUUAUGCUAUCUAUUGAUUGUGAGAAUAUUUCUUGUAUUUCAUUUAGUAGGUAAUAGUAUAUAUACAAGAGUACAUGGGAUACUAGAUUGAUUUAGUUACCUAUGGAAGAUCAGAUUACAAUCAGAUUCUUCCAAGAGUAAUAGUACACAAUUUCUAAGUUUCCAACUACAGAAGAUAGGAUAAUAAGAAAUCUGAGAUCUUGUGGAGCUUGAUAUCACAUGUGUGAUUGUGAUGCUGAUGUGGAAAUCUUAUCACCAAAGUAUCUGUGAGCUUGAGCGUUGAUCUUCAAUAUUAGUCAAUACACCCCCUCAAGUUGUAGGUGGAGGACACCGAACCUUCAAUUUGUCCUCAGGAAAUGAAAUUGUGUGAUGGCAAGAGGUUUAGUGAGAGCAUCAGCGAGCUGAUCAGUUGUGGAGAUAAAUUGCACAGUCAGCUGACGAUUGGCCACACGUUCACGAAUGGAGUGGAAAUCAAUCUCUACAUGUUUGGUGCAAGCAUGGAGCACCAGAUUGGCCGAUAGAUAUGUGGCACCUAUAUUAUCACACCACAAGAUUGGAGGGCCAUGAAUAGGAAAGCUCAAUUCCCGAAAUAGAGAUUCCAUCCAUAUGAGUUCGGCAGAGGCAUCCGCUAAUGCUUUGUACUCAGCUUCAGUGGAGGAACGAGCCACAAUUUUCUGUUUGUGAGAGGACCAGGAGAUCAGGUUUGGCCCAAGGUAGAUGGCAUAAGCACUAGUGGACCGACAAUCAGAACUACUACGAACCCAAUCGGCAUCUGAGAAGGCCUGGAGCUUGGCCUUGGAGGAGCGCUUAACCAAGAGACCAUGGGAGCAACUUUGUUUGAGAUAUCGAAGAAUGCGCUUGACAUGACUCCAGUGAUCCAUAGUUGGGGCAUGCACAUGUUGGCGAGCCCUAUUCACAGCGAAAGCCACAUCUGGAUGGCUAAGGGUCACAUACUGCAAGGCGCUCAACAUGGAGCGAUAGCGAGUUGGAUCAUCAAAGGGAGCACCCCCUGAAGGUGAUGUUGGUUCUGUCAUAGCCAUAGGAGUGCGAACCGGUUUGCAAUUAGUCAUGCCUGAGUAUGCCAAUAGGUCAUGGAUAUACCUGGACUGAUAGAGAAGAAUACCAUUGGGUUGUGGUAUUGCCUCAAUGCCCAAAAGAAACCCAAGGAGCCAAGAUCUUUGAUAGAAAAUUCAGCCGCAAGUUUGGGAAUUAGAGUAGUGACUUGUGCGGACGAAUUGCCUGUGACAAGUAUGUCAUCAACAUAAACCAAAAGAUACAGGAGAUGGCCAUUAGAAUUAUAAAUGAAUAAAGAUGGAUCAUUCCGUGAUGCAACAAAACCCAAAUGAAGGAGGAACGUGGAAAGCCUAUGAAACCACGCUCGAGGGGCCUGUUUGAGGCCAUACAAGGACCUAUGUAGGCGGCACACAUGAUUGGGCCGAUUGGG